AUGACGAUCGACGACGAGUCCGACACCACCUCUGGCCACCUCGUCCAGUUGCUCAACUUGGUCGACCUCGUUGUGAUUGGCCCGCCUGGGUGCGGCAAGACGACAUACUGUGCAGGCGUGGAGCAGUUUCUCAACUCGUCGGGACGAGUGACCAUUGUGGUCAAUCUUGAUCCGGCCAACUUUACCAUGGCAUACACACCCGCUGUGGACAUUGCUGAACUUGUGCAACUUGAUGUAGUUAUGGAAGAAGAAGGCCUUGGUCCCAAUGGUGGUCUCAUCUACUGCAUCGAGUACUUGGAGGCCAAUCUGGAUUGGUUGGAGGAGAAGCUGGCAGAGGCCAUCCGAUCGGCAGAGGCUGCCGCUGCUGCUGCUGCUGCAGAGGCCAUGGCUGAUCCUACAGCCAUGCUUCAGAACAUGGCUUCGGUAGAGGCGGGUACUUCGGCUGGCGCUGCUCUCAAGCCGUAUGUGCUGUUUGAUUGCCCGGGGCAAGUCGAGCUCUACACUCACAAUCAGUCGAUGCGCAACAUCCUCGCCACCCUCACCCAGGGCUGGAACAUGCGACUGUGCGCCGUUCACCUGGUUGAUGCUGCAUACUGCACCGAUCCAUCAAAGUACAUCUCCGUCCUCCUCACCUCGCUCGCCACAAUGGUCCAGCUCGAGCUCCCGCACGUCAACGUCCUCUCAAAGAUGGACCUCAUCGAGUCGCUCGGCAAGCUCGACUUUAACCUCGAGUUCUACCUCGACGUCCUCAAUCUCGAGUACCUCGUUGAUCUUAUCGACGAGCGCGAAGGCCAGGCCUCAAAGUACCGCGCCCUCACCUCGGCCCUCGCCGACCUUGUCUCCGGCUUUGGCCUCGUCGCCUUUGUCCCGCUCAACAUCUCCGACGCCGCCUCGGUUGGCACCGUUCUCAAGGUCGUCGACAAGGCCAACGGAUAUGUCUUUGGCGGCCUUGAGCGGAGCAACGAUGGCAUCUUUGGCGUCGCCGCCUCGCCGCUCUACCGCUCCGAGUACGAGCGCACAACACUCGAGCUGGAGAAGGCCCGCGCGACUGCGGGCGUCGUCGACGACGACGAGGCCGAAAUCGCCGCUCUCCUCGCCUCCUACGCCGCCGAAAAAGGUUCACCGCCGCCGGCAAGCGAGUAAAAGCCAACAACCUCCA